GAUUGACGACUAGUCUCGAGGAUCUUUUUUUCAAGUUUGCAAGCCCCCAAACCCGCCAAAACACAACCACAACCCGUUAAAAAUGUCUACCGACAAGCUUCCCAAGGCUCUCCAGGCCACCGAGGAGGACAUUCAGCUCCUCUUGUCUGCCCAGUCGCACCUUGGUACCAAGAACUGUGACAAGACUAUGGAGCCGUAUGUCUGGAAGAGGAGGGCUGAUGGCAUCCACGUCCUCAACGUCGGCAAGACCUGGGAGAAGCUCGUGCUCGCUGCCCGAAUCCUCGCCACCAUCGACAACCCCAACGACGUCUGUGUCAUCUCUAGCCGACCCUACGGCCACCGAGCUGUCCUCAAGUACGCCUCCUUUACCGGCGCUCAGGCUAUUGCUGGCCGAUUCACCCCUGGUUCCUUCACCAACUACAUUACUCGAUCCUUCAAGGAGCCCCGAGUGAUUAUCGUGACCGACCCCAGGGUUGACCACCAGGCUAUCCGAGAGGCUGCCUACGUCAACAUCCCUGUCAUUGCCUUUGCCGACACUGACGCCUCCCUCAAGUUUGUCGACGUCGCCAUCCCCGCCAACAACAAGUCCCGCCACUCUGUCGGUCUCCUCUGGUACCUCCUCUGCCGAGAGACCCUUCGUCUCCGAGGCACCAUCCCCCGAGGCCCCACCGGCCCCGACGGCUGGGACGUCCUCCCCGACUUGUUCUUCUACCGCGACCCCGAGGAGAUCAAGCGUGAGGAGGAGGAGAAGGCCGAGGCUGCCGCUGCCCAGGCUGUCGAAGAUGCCCCUGCCCCCCCUGUGGGCCAGGAGUGGAACGCCGAGAAUGUUGGUGAGGCUGCGCUCGCUGCUCAGCCCACUGACGCUACCCUCGACUGGUCUGCUGAGCCUACCUCUGGUGACUGGGCCGCCGAGCCCGCUGCCGAGGCCGCUUGGUAAUUGUCUUGUUUGACUUGACAUUUGCGAUAACGAGGAGGAGGGAGUCAAAAAUUGUGGUUCAGGUGGUAGUAGGGGGUCAAGACGGAUUGUGUUUUGCUAGGCUUCAGUUUAGUGGACAUGUAUACCGAAUUGCAUCUGCAGA